AUGUCGGCCUUUGCCCCCCACGACGACGAAGAUACCCAAGACUUCUCCUAUGUCUCUCCAGACCCCGCGACCACUACCCCCAGACCCCAAGAGAUGACCCCCGAAGCUUCACACGUCCGCAGCCGCUCCGCCAACCCACUCCUGGGCAAUGACAACCCCCUCGUAUCCGAACUCGAGCAGGAAGUACUAGACGAGUACUCCCGUCUACUACGGAAUGUGAACCUGCUCUCCGAUAAAGUCUCCGACCUCGCCGGUUCCCCCGCCUCAAUGACACUCGACGGGCUACGUCUUCUGGAACGCAAGACUGCGACCGUGUGUACUUUGCUCAAGGCCAGUGUUUACAGUAUUGUUUUGCAGCAGCAGAUCUGGAACGAGGAUCAAGAGCAGCAGCAGCAGGGUGGGGAGGGGCAUUAUGAUGAUCAGACAUACCAUGGGGACGGGUAUGAGGGGGAAGGCGAUAUGACAUUCCAAUGA